AUACCCAGAGUCUUAGCGUGACCUCUACUGCAGUUGAAAACACUUGGGAACCGAGCUUGAAUGAAUUGGUCAUUGAAAUAUAAUUGCAGCAGUUUGAUUUAUAAAUAAAUUAAUCUUAACUAUCACCAACUUCAGAAAGGCUUAUGUGCUCCGCGCCGCUCGAUUUCCGACUCGGGGAGCUUAGUGUGACAGUUGUCGGCGUUAAGUCCAUUUCAGCACAACUGCAUCAACAUGGGUGUGAUCGGUGUGCAGCUGGUGGUUACUAUGGUAAUGGCCAGUGUAAUUCAGAAGAUCAUACCUCAUUAUUCCUUUGCAAGAUGGCUACUCUGCAGUGGCAGUCUGCGGUGGUACCAGCACCCUACGGAAGAUGAGUUGAGGAGCCUUGCCGGAAAGCAACAAAAAACGAAGAGCAAGAAAGACCGGAGGAACAAUGGCCACAUAGAGAACAAGCCUCUGACCAUUCCCAAGGACAUAGACCUGCAGCUGGAGACCAAGUGCAUCACAGAAGUGGACACGUUAGCUUUGCACUACUUCCCAGAGUUCCAGUGGCUGGUGGACUUCACGGUGGCAGCCACAGUGGUGUAUCUGAUCACCGAGCUGUACUACACAGUGGCCCAGCCCUCUGGGGAGAUGAACAUCAGCGUGGUGUGGUGCCUGCUCGUCCUCGCCUUCGUCAUUAAGACCCUGUUCUCCCUGACGGCCUUCUACUUCAAGCUGGAGGAAGGUGGCGAGCGCUCGCUCUGCAUCACCUUCGCUUUCUUCUUCUUUGUCAAAGCCAUGGCCAUCCUCAUCGUCACUGAGAACUACCUGGAGUUUGGCCUGGAGACAGGUUUUGCAAAUUUCUCUGAAAGUGCCACACAGUUUUUGGAAAACCAGGGGUUAGAGUCCCAGGGUCCCAUAUCUAAACUCACCUUUAAGCUGAUCCUGGCCUUGCUCUGCUCUCUGAUUGGUGCAUUCCUCACCUUCCCCGGCCUACGAUUGGCUCAAAUGCACCUGGACGCCCUCAACCUGACCACAGGCAAAGUCACACAGACCUUGCUUCAUAUCAACUUCCUUUCCCCUCUUAUUAUGGUACUGCUGUGGGUGAAGCCUAUAACCAAGGACUACCUCCUGAAUCCUGCCCUGGGGAAGGGGAGUAUGCCUUUGAUGACUGAGGAGACCUAUGACACGUUGCGGUUGUGGGCCAUCCUGCUGCUGUGUGUGCUGCGCCUGGCCAUGAUGAGGCACCACCUCCAGGCCUACCUCAACCUGGCCCAGAAGGGCGUGGAGCAGAUGAAGAAGGAGGCGGGACGCAUCAGCACCGUUGACCUGCAGAAGAUGGUGGCCCGUGUUUUCUACUACCUAUGUGUAAUCGCACUGCAGUAUGUGGCACCCUUGGUGAUGUUGCUGCAUACAACCUUGCUGCUAAAAACCUUAGGUGGACACUCCUGGGGGGUGUACUCUGAGGAAGACCUCCCCUGCCCAAUGGAGAUGAACUCUGACCCUGCAGCAACUGCAGCUCCAGGACUGGCUGUGGAGGCCCAGGCAUCGGUGGUCCAGCUGUCGGUGGCCCUCGGGGGCCUGCGAACAGUGUUCACCCCCCUGCUUUUCCGUGGCCUCCUCUCCUUCCUCACCUGGUGGAUCGCUGCCUGCCUCUUUUCCACCUCCAUCUUCGGCCUCUUCUACCACCAGUAUCUCAUGGCGGCAUAGCAGCAUUCCCCCAGGGUCAGGGUGGUAUCCCACUGGGCUCUGUUCCAGCCCCGUUCAGAAACGACUGUGUGGGGCAGGGCUCUAAGGACAACCCUUCUCCCCUCCCACAGCCACGUCACUCAUGACCAUAUCUGCAGAGAACCCCUGGUUCACCCCCCAGUGCUUCCUUCAUGGAUGACUCUUAACUUGACUUUUACUACCUUUUUAUUUUGAGAGCGGGAUUCGCAAAUCCUUAACAAAAGACACUAAUAUAAAUGAGAGUAAAGGUAAUAUGUGUGUGUGUACAGUCUUAAACAGAGCAGCAGAGAACCUUCUCUCUGCAUACUGUGGGGGGGGGGGGGG